UCACCACUCCGAGAAAUCUUGGCUUCUACAUCACUCGAUAACCCACAAUAACUACGCCAGCCACACACACCACGCAGCCUCGACGACGCUCACUGGCCUCGUCAUCAUCAACUAGCCACCUCCUCCUAGUACCGCCGCGUGCCGCCGUCCCGCCGCGCGCUAGCGUCCAUAAGCCGCUUGCGCCUCGAGGACGCGACCAGAUCGAGUAGAGGCAGGCAGGCCGGCGCGGGUCAGAGCUAGCUAAAGCGGCGGGAUGGGCGCCGGGAUCAGGAUCUUGGCGGCGCUCCUGGCGUUGCUCGCGGCUGCCGGCGGCGGCGGCAUGAUGCGCUGCGCGGCGCAGCAGCUCAGCGCGACCUACUACGACACCAUCUGCCCCGGCGUCGAGAAGAUCGUGCGCGACGCCGUGACGCUCAAGGUCCAGCAGACUCCAGUCGCCGUCGGCGCCACCGUCCGCCUAUUCUUCCACGACUGCUUCGUCCAGGUUCGUCCCCCUGCAUCCUGCAUUUCGCCAAUCCCCUGUUUGUCUGUCCUGCGUUCCCCAGUUGCCCUGCCUCUGCAUUUCAAUCCUCUGCCUACUGCCUGUCUCUGUUUGUGUGGCACCUCACGAGUGACGACGACUGUACCGCAGGGGUGCGACGCGUCGGUCAUCAUCGUUUCGUCAGGGAACAACACGUCGGAGAAGGACAACCCGGCCAACAAGUCCCUGGCCGGCGACGGCUUCGACACCGUCAUCCAGGCCAAGGCGGCGGUCGACGCGGUGCCGCAGUGCGCCAACCAGGUGUCGUGCGCGGACAUCCUCACCAUGGCCACCCGGGAUGUCAUCGCCUUGGCCGGCGGCCCGGAGUACCCGGUGGAGCUGGGGAGGCUGGACGGGCUGAGCUCGACGUCGGCCAGCGUCGACGGGAACCUGCCGCCGCCGUCCUUCAACCUGGACCAGCUCACGGCCAUCUUCGCCGCCAACAACCUCUCGCAGGCCGACAUGGUUGCCCUCUCCGCGGCCCACACGGUGGGUUUCGCGCACUGCGGCACGUUCGCCGAUCGGAUCCAGCCGGCGGCGGCGGACCCGACGAUGGACCCCGGGUACGGGUCGCAGCUGCUGGCGGCGUGCCCGCCGGGCGUGGACGUGAACGUGGCGGUGGACCUGGACCCGGAGACGCCCAAGGUCUUCGACAACCAGUACUUCAUCAACCUGCAGAAGGGGAUGGGCCUCCUCGGCUCCGACCAGGUGCUCUACGCCGACGUCCGCUCGCGCCCGCUCGUCGACAACUGGGCGGCCAACAACACCGACUUCCUCGCCGCCUUCGCCGCCGCCAUGACCAACCUCGGCCGCGUCGGGGUCAAGACGGACCCGGCGCUCGGCAACAUACGCCGGGACUGCGCCGUGCUCAACGGCUGAUUGCAUUUGUUGGGGCGUCGAUCUGUUCAUAGUUAGUUUUGCCGCUCGAUGGGGUGGUGCUGAAAUUAUAUACAAGGAGUAGCUUUCAGAACAGAAGGCUAGUUCUAAUCCAUCGGAAGGCUAAUGGAAUGCUGUUGAGCAUUA